AUGCCUGGCCCAGCUCCAAACCUCCUCAGCUUUCAGGACACCGAUGCCCUGGCCAAGCAGCUACGGCCCUAUGUCCUCCGCAACCAGAACUCGGCCCUGAGCCGUCAUGACACUUUCCGCGUCGCCGUAUCCGGCGGCUCUCUCCCAACUGUUCUCGCCAAAGCCCUUCUUGCUCCUGGUGACGGCACUCCCGAGGAUACCGCUCAAUUCUCCAAGUGGGAAAUCUUCUUCGCCGAUGAGCGCGCCGUCCCUCUCGACCACGAGGACAGCAACUACCGUCUUCUGAAGGAUGAGCUGCUCGACAAGAUCCCUUCGGAUCUGGGCUCUCCCAAUGUGCACCCUAUCGAUGAGAAGCAUGUCAAUGCCGACCCCCAGGAAAUUGCAGAUUUGUACCAGGAGGAUCUGAUGCGCUCUUUUGCGGCCAAGGACAGCGUGAAGCUGCCUGUUUUUGACCUUAUCCUCCUCGGCUGUGGACCAGACGGCCACACUUGCAGUCUUUUCCCCGGUCACGAACUGCUGCGCGAGAAGGACGCAUGGGUGUCCGCCAUCAGCGACUCCCCGAAGCCGCCACCAAAGCGUAUCACACUUACUUUGCCUGUCGUCACGCAUGCUGUGAGCAUCGCGUUUGUCGCCACUGGAGGCGGAAAGAAGGAUAUUCUUAAGCAGAUCUUUGAUGCUGAAGAAGGGAGGAGUCUUCCGUCCGCGCUGGUCAACCAGGGCGGGGGUGAGAAAGUCACCUGGUUCACCGACCACGCGGCUGUCGAGGGGGUUGCGUUUCCGAGACGGGGAAGCCUGUAA